UGCAGAUUUGCUAAGGUGUAAUUAACACUUGAAUCUGUGUUGACUAGCAGGAAAUUGUACAAUUGCUAAUAUAUGCAUGCCUCCCUUUUUUCUCUUUUUUUUUUUUUUCCAGUUAAUGAGUUUCUUAAGUUAGAGGGUCCUGUUCUGCUAGAGAUGCGCAUCAAGCACCUUAUCAAAGAGAAGCACAUAGAAAAGGCAGCAUCACUAGCAAAGGCCUGCUCCAACCAUCCUGAGCUCAGGGCGAAGAGCAGUUUCAAACAGACCUACCUGGUCUGUCUUACUGCUGUAGCUCAACAGGAUCAACUUAUGCAGGAGAUUUCAGAAAUUGACUGUAAGGAUGCGCUAGAGAUGAUCUGUAAUCUUGAGUCGGACGGGGAUGAAAAAGCUGCUCUCAACUUGUGCACAGCAUUUCUAACUCGACAGCUCUUGCAAGGAGAUAUGUAUUGUGCUUGGGAGCUUACACUGUUUUGGAGUAAACUGCAGCAAAGGACGGAACCCUCAACGCAAGUGUUUCUUGACCAUUGUCGUCAGCUAUCCCAACUUUCGAAAACCGUGUAUCACAUUUUCUUUCUGAUCAAGGUCAUUCAGUCAGAGGUGGAAGACAUGGGACUUGCAGUUUGUAUAGAGCUCUGUAUUCGAGCACUACGAAUGGAGUCAAGUGAAAAUCCGAAUAUGAAAGCCACCAUUUGUAAAACCAUCUCCUGUUUGUUGCCCGAUGACUUGGAAGUGAAGCGAGCUUGCCAGCUUACUGAAUUCCUCCUGGAGCCGAAAGUUGAGUCCUAUUAUGCUGUGGAGACACUGUACAAUGAGCCAGACCAGAAGUUUGAGGUAGACAGUCUUCCAGUGCCCAAUUCAUUACGCUGUGAACUUCUGCUAGUGUUUAAAACGCAAUGGCCCUUCGACCCUGAAUUCUGGGACUGGAAGACUCUGAAGCGUCACUGCCUGGAGUUGAUGGGGGAGGAAGCCUCCAUUGUAUCUUCAAUAGAUGAGCUCAAUGACAGUGAGGCUUUUGAGCAGCUCGAGGACGAUAAUGGGGGCAAAGUUCCAGUAGAAGAGUCUGGUGGACUUGCAGAUUGUUUUUAUGAUACAACAAAUGUGCUUAAUGAAAUGGCUGAUGAAAAACAGAAAAAGAGGGAAAUCAAGAAGUUGAGAGAGAAAGGGUUUAUAUCGGCUAGGUUUAGAAACUGGCAGGCUUACAUGCAGUACUGUGUAUUGUGUGAUAAAGAGUUUCUUGGUCACAGGAUAGUACGGCAUGCACAAAAGCAUGUCAAGGAUGGGGUUUAUAGCUGUCCAAUAUGUGGGGAGAAUUUUGAUCAAAAAGAGCUAUUUGUCCCACAUGUAACAUCUCAUGUAAAGCAAUCCUGCAAAGAAAGACUUGCUGCAAUGAAACAGAGUAGGACGUUGGGUAAAUCUACCAAAUUGCCCAAUUCAAAUACUGCUCUUCAAAAAGUUAAAGCUGCUGACAAACCUGACAGGCCAAAGAAGAAAAACGGCCCCCAUUCCCAUGAUAUUGUGGUCUUUAAUGACAAGGAUGCAUCUGAGAGUGAUGGAAAAGGUCAACAUUCUAGACCUGACCUCUCUGUACAUAGGGUGGACUACAGAGAGGAAUACACAUGCCCUGUUACAAACUGUCGAAAGGGAUUCAAGUACUUCAAAAACCUGAUAGCCCAUGUAAGAGGCCAUAAAAACAGCGAAGAGGCUAAACGUUUUCUUGAAAUGCAAAGCAAAAAGGUGGUUUGCCAGUACUGUCGUCGGCAGUUUGUCAGCGUCGCCCAUCUCAAUGAUCAUUUACAAAUGCAUUGUGGAGUAAAACCGUACAUCUGCAUACAGUUAAAUUGUAAAUCAAGAUUCCUCACUAAUCCAGAACUGUUGGUACACAGGAAAGAGCAUGUUGUGUUUAAAGCAAAAUGCAUGUUUCCAGACUGUGGAAGAAUAUUUUAUGAAGCCUACAUGCUGUAUGAUCACGAAGCUCAGCACUACAAUACAUUCACAUGUAAAUUUCCUGCUUGUGGUAAAAUAUUUCAUUCCCAAUCCAAGUUGGAUUUGCACCAGGAAGAUCACGUUGCGCAACAAAAGACUCCCUGUAAUGAAGACCAAGCUGCUUUGCAGGAUCCAGACCUGCCUGAAUUACCAGAUAAAAAUUCUGAUCCAUCACAUGCUCCAUUACUAGAACCAAAUUUGGCGAAAUUAAUUGCUCCAAACCAGAUUAAAUUGGAAUUACCAGACUCAGAUCCAAACCAGAUUAAAUUGGAAUUGCCAGAUCCAAGCCAGUCACAGUUACCAUAUUCAAACCAGAUUACACUUCCUGGUCCAACCCAAACCCAAUGUGAAUUAGAAAUAUCAUGUCCAAACCUGACUCCUUUACAGGAUCCAACUCCAGUAAUGAAUAAUUGCCCACAAGGUGUCCAAGUAAAUGUUGAACAGAAAGGAGCAGUAGCUAUAAUAAAUUGUAAAGACAGCAUCCUUGUCUGUGCUAGUUCUCAAAACAGUCUGCCUGUUAUGGGAGUCAGCAGUGAUGUAUGCGUUCCAGCUUCAUCUGAACAUCUAGAACUGCAGCCUGUGCAACAGCCACCACCACUGCAUCGAAAUGGUCUACCAGCGGAGUUAAAGGAAAGCCAGCUACUUGACAUGCUCACUGGGACGCUGGAGGAAAAGCCAACCAAACUGCUUCAUAUAAAAGUAGAAACUCCAAGCAAUGAAGAGAUUAUGCCAGAGCAGCCACCAAAACCGGCAGGUGAUGUUGUACCCAACUGUAAUGCGUUAUCGGUGAGGAUGCCUGAUGGCAAUAACAUACUUUCUCCGUCAGUCCAUCCUCAAUCUGUAACUAAGAAACAAGUGAAAGUGACAAGUCAAGUCAAAGUGGGGGAGAGAUUUAACUGCACGUUUGAGAACUGUACUCGGAACUACAGUUCAUCAAAGAGCGUCAAUAAACACAUGAAGGCAGUACACCCUGAAUACCAUGCUGCGCUGAAGCUGGCUCGGAAAAGCAAAUCGCUCAGAAAAAAUAACAGAAAAAAUGCUCUUCAAACACAAGAAGACAAAACACAAAGUAUGAAGACUCAAACCCUGCUGUUCCCUUACCAAACUGGAAGUGUUGCAGCUACUGUAUCAACCCCAGCUUUAUCUUCUCAUUCUGGAACCCUCACAACUCAGGUUUUACCCACCCAAAUAGAAAACGUUGUAAAUCCAAUCCUAUUGUCACAAAUAGCAGAGGUUUCAAACCAAAUGUUACCCCUGCAAACAGAACAUGGAGCUAACCCUCUUCUGUCUUUACAAAUGGGUCAUCUUCACCUUUCAUCUUCACAAAUCACUGCAGCAAAUUCAGUCAUCUCUCCACAGAUAUCUCGAGGCAAUACAAAUAAUCUAGUUGUAAAUUCACAAGCAAGUGUCAUAAAUCCAGCUUUAUCUUCGCAAGCAGUUAUGUUUGCAGAGAUGCAAAGUGGUGCAAACCUUAUGUUGUCUUCACAAGCCGAAAGUAAUUGCCUUCCGGUUUUGCCUUCUCGUUUGGAAAGUGGUAAUAUUCUAAAUCCUCGGUUAACUGAUGAUAAAAACUCAGUUAUGUCUCAUCACAUUGACAGUAAUGCACAUUCAGUGCCACCUGCUCAUCACAUUGACAUUAAUGCACAUUCAGUGCCACCUUCUCAUCAUAUUGACAGUAAUGCACAUUCAGUGCAUCCUGCAAAUCACAUUGAGAGUAAUGCACAUUCAGUGCAUCCUGCUCAAGUACAAAGAAGUGCAGACUCACUUUUGCCUUUACAGUUAGAUUGUGGCUCACAUAUAGGGGAAUCGCCUACACAGGGAGGAAGUUCCCAUAUGGCUUAUUCAACUAUGGGAAGCAAUAAUAAGCCACAUGUACCAUCACAAGUUGACAGUGAAACAAAUAUUUUGUUGUCCCAAAUGGAUCCCUCCAAUCCUAAUUUGCCUUCCAAUAUGGAAGGUCUAAGUAAUGCCUUGUUGCCUUCAGUUAUGGACAGGGCGACACACCCGCUGUUACCUUCAAAUCUGGAAAGCUUCAAAAAUGCAGGUCAGCUGGAAACUGCCGCGAAUCCUCUCUUUCUUCCACAGAUAGAUGCCUGUUCAUUUCCUGAUUUCUCCUCUCAAGGAGAGAGAGUGGUUAAUCCCCAAGUGGAAAAUGUCAUGAAGUCCAUUUUUACUUCCCAACCAGAAUCUGCACAGACUGCCAUUGCUGUCCAGCCACUCUCUGUGAGUCCACCUAAACUUGAAGUUAAAAGGACCAGUAAGAGAACAAAGUGGCCAGCUAUAGUUAGGGAUGGUAAAUUCAUCUGCAGUAGGUGUUACAGAGAAUUUGCUAGCCCCAAAUCACUUGGUGGUCAUCUAUCAAAGCGCUCUCAUUGUAAACCACUUGAUGAAAUGGAAACUUCUGGUGCACUUCAGCAGGAUGGCUCGUCCUCAUUCGUUGCUAAUCAGAUUAAUUCAUCCAGUGUGCUGAAUGUGCAGCAGCAACAGCUGUCUGCAAAUUUCAGUCCAACUGUGUCUUUCAAGGACCGAGCCGAUCGGCCAUUAGCAAUAGGAAACUAUCCUGCAGAAUUUUUGCCUAGUGCUAUUUUCCCACAAGUUAAUGGAGCCGUUUCUAAUCCAAACGAGGGUGAACCAAAUAGUGAGAUGAUUAAGCAAGCCCUGGAAACAGCAGGACUUUCAAACCUGUUUGAGACCUCUGGAAUCCUGCAACAGACAUUGCAAAAUCCCUGUGGCCCCUAUCCAACAAAUGCACAUAUGCCAGAAAGCACAGUCAUACAGCACACAGGGAAAUCUAUUAAAAUGAAGUCGGAGGAUGCAGAAAUUCCAUUGAUCCAUGAAACAAGAAAUGAAUUAACAGCCUGUGCUGCAAAUCAUUUUGUAAAGGCAGAAGAGCCUGAAUUUUGUGCUGAUAUCUUCUCUGACUCUGUUCUGUCACAGAUAUUGGCAGAACAUAAUUCACAGAUCUCCUUGAAUAAUCUUGGAGCAGCUCAUUUAAGUCAGAUGAUGAGAACUGAUUGCCAGUCAAUGAAGGUAGAAGGAAAUGGAGAUCCUCAAGUGAAUGCAAAUGACAAUUUACUGGCUGCAAUGGCCAAUCUUACACAACACUUUAUGGCUAAUCAGGUUUUGCAAAUACCAGCGUCUGAUCCCCAGCAUUUAGUAACAAACCAGGGCAACCCACAGGAUUCUGCUCCAAAGGUAAAGAAUGUAAAGAAAAAAUUACGUGCUCAGUUAUUGGAAAAACCUCAUGAUUUAUCACGAAAAUCAUCAGGUCCAGCACAAGAUAUCAAUUUACAGGGAAAUGGUCACCUGCAAAAAAUACCAUCCAACUUACCACAAACUUCAGAGGCCAAGCAUGGUUCAGCGUUUUCAAAGAUUCAGGGAGUGACAGGAUCUGACAAUAGAGGUGACAUGAACGGCUUGCUGAGUGGUACGACACAGACAGAGAAAUUAAACAGUGAUAUAAAUGCAUCCUUAUCGGGACAGACUUCAUUUAAUGCACCAGACACAGCCUUCAGUAAUUCUUGUGAUUCCCAAAAAGAAGAUGAAGAAAUAAUGGAAAUUCUAGCAGCUUUACAGAGAUUAAACCUGGAAAAAGAAAAUCCCACCAACGACAGUCCUGCUGUGAAUAGCUGCUCUGUCACAAGUAUGCUUGAUUGUAAUGCUGUUGUGUUAAAUGAACACCCAGAAGCUCAGCAUCCUGAUUCCACGGUAACAAAUGAAGCUCGGCCUUUGGAAAGCACUAGUAAACCGUUUGUGUGUGAGAAUGAAGGCUGUCCUUAUAGUGCUAUGACAAAAGAUGCAUUGUAUAAACACUAUUACAAAGUGCAUAAUUACACUGAAGACAUGAUGAAUGAAAUCAGGCAAAUCCAACUCAAGUUUGCUCCCUUUCGAUGUCACAUUUGCAAUAAGACAUUUACACGAAACUCAAACCUCAAAGCACAUUUUCAGACCGUGCAUCGCUUGAUGCAGAACAAAAUGGUCAAGUUGAAAAUUAAACGACCAUACAGCAAAAAAUCUCGACCUGGAAAAACUGCUACCGACAAACAGCCAUGCAUGGUGGAUGGUCAACAAAAAGAAUUUGGUCCAGAACCUGCAGAAAGCACACUAGCCUUUGAAAAGUUGAAGCCCACUGAAGGCAAUUCAGAGAAGGGAAUGCAUCCAGCAGUUAAAGAGUCAUUUAAAGUGACUCCUACCCAAGUUUCAUGCUCUUUGCAAGAUGCACUGAAUGGACAAACUUCAGAAAAUGUUUCUAAUUCUGUAUUGGUGCAACCUACAUUGGGACAGCCCACAGUGGUCCUGGUUGCAGCUCAGCAACCUUCAGCAGAGUAUCCUACAGUAGGUCUACCAAUAGCUAGGCAACCUGCUGCACAACCCUCUACAGUGGGCCAGUCUGUAGCAGGACAGCCCCCAGUGAGAUCACCUGUAACGACUCAGGCACUAGCUGAACCACUUGUAACUACUUCGUCACUAGCUGAACCACCUGUUACGAUUCAGUCUGUAGCAGGACAGCCCCCAGUGGGACCACCUGUAACGAUUCAGUGUGUAGCUGAACCACCUGUAACGACUCAGUGUGUAGCUGAACCACCUGUAACGACUCAGUGUGUAGCUGAACCACCUGUAACGACUCAGUGUGUAGCUGAACCACCUGUAACGACUCAGUGUGUAGCUGAACCACCUGUAACGACUCUGUCUGUAGCUGAACCACCUGUAACGACUCUGUCUGUAGCUGAACCACCUGUAACGACUCUGUCUGUAGCUGAACCACCUGUAACGACUCUGUCUGUAGCUGAACCACCUGUAACGACUCUGUCUGUAGCUGAACCACCUGUAACGACUCUGUCUGUAGCUGAACCACCUGUAACGACUCUGUCUGUAGCUGAACCACCUGUAACGACUCUGUCUGUAGCUGAACCACCUGUAACGACUCUGUCUGUAGCUGAACCACCUGUAACGACUCUGUCUGUAGCUGAACCACCUGUAACGACUCUGUCUGUAGCUGAACCACCUGUAACGACUCUGUCUGUAGCUGAACCACCUGUAACGACUCUGUCUGUAGCUGAACCACCUGUAACGACUCUGUCUGUAGCUGAACCACCUGUAACGACUCUGUCUGUAGCUGAACCACCUGUAACGACUCUGUCUGUAGCUGAACCACCUGUAAUGACUCAGUCACUAGCUGAACCACCUGUAACGACUCAGUGUGUAGCUGAACCACCUGUAACGACUCUGUCUGUAGCUGAACCACCUGUAACAACUCAGUCUGUAGCUGAACCACUUGUGAUGUUUCAGUCAUUAGCUGAACCACGUGUAACGAAUCUGUCUGUAGCUGAACCACCUGUAAUGACUCAGUCACUAGCUGAACCACCUAUAGUGGGACAGCCCACAGUGGGAUUGCCGAUGAUGGGACUGCCUAUAGCUGGACCACCUCCGAUGGAGCUGCCUGUUUCAGGACACACUGCUACAGGAUUUCCUCAACCUGGACCCCCUUCACCAGGCGAGCCAGUAACAGGGAAGGUUAAAAAGCCUAAAGGUCCAAAACCUAAGGUACCAAAACCUAAGGUUGAAAAACCUAAAGUGAAGAAGCCUAAAAAGCAACCAACACCGGAAGUAAAAAAGCAAAAGAAGCCAGCUGCAAAUACAAGCGAGUCAUCUCACAGCUACAGUCCAUACAGGCCAUACCGUUGUGUUCACCAGGGCUGCUUUGCAGCUUUUACAAUACAGCAAAACCUGAUUCUGCAUUACAGGGCUGUACAUCAGUCAGACCUGCCUACGUUUGAACAGGAUAACGAAGAAGAAUCAGCAGAGAUCAAAGAAGACUUGGUGGAGGAGAUGGACCAGAUCACAGAGUUCAGAUGCCAAGUUAAAGAUUGCUCUAGAAUAUUCCAAGAAGUACCUAGCCUUUUGCAGCAUUAUACACAGCUUCACAAGUUUAGUCUGGAAAAAGCUGGGAGCCUACUGUCGGAUAUGAACCUGGGAAGAUUUCGGUGUAAACAGCCAGAGUGCAAGGCUUCAUUUACAGCAUUUUGGAAGUAUAUCGGUCAUCUUGAAGUGGAUCAUGAACCAGAAAAACUCUUUAAUAAUGAUGGGGAGGAAGGCGUGUUCAGGUGCGACUGUGAAGGCUGUGAUUGUGUUUAUGCCACUAGAUCCAACCUCUUACGUCACCUCUUUAGAAAACACAAAGACAGUCACAAGUCCCAUUUAAUUAGACCUAGACAAAAAAUGGACAGGCAGGGAAGUUAUUCAGUAAACGGAGACCCAUCCAAAAAGUCAAAGUCUGCUGGAGGUAAAGGAGACAAUGAAAAAGAGAACUGGCAAAAUAAUAAGAAAUCAAAAAUCAGUAGCGCAGAGGAGAGAAAGAGUAAGAAGAAAAAGAAUGAUGCAAAUAAAACAGUCUGGAUAAAAAGCGAAAAACCACCUUCUUUAAAAACAAAUGGCGAAGCUUUGGCAAUGUGUACAAAGAAAUUCUCUCUGCAAUACCCAUGCAUGAUAAAAGGUUGUCUGUCUGUUGUCAGCAGUGAACGCAAUAUAUUUAGACACUACAAAUCUCACAGGCUGACUGAUGCAUUCCUACUGCAGCAAGGCAGGGACUUUAUCAUUUGCAAGGAACGUUCAGUUCCCUUAAAAAAAUCAAAGUCUGCUGGAGAUGAUGGAGAGAAAUCUCAGGAAGAUCAGUCUGAGAAUUCAGAGGAAGACUUAGCAGAUGCCUACCCCGAAUUAUGUGAAACAGAAAGUUCACGUUUAACCUCUGAAAAGGAUGACAUUGCAGAACACUCAAAACCUUUCAAGAAAAAACGUUCAGCUGAUGAUUGUUCUGAACCCAAACUGGUCUGGAGAAGAAAGCGGACCAUUAGACAAGCCUUUCCUGAUUCCGUUCCCCUGAUCAAGCGCAAGAGAGGGAGACCUCCAUUGAAGGGAAAGCGCAAAGAAGCCAUGCAGAUCAGAAUGAAAAACAAACAAGUGAGAAAAUUGAAACCAGAAUUAUAUAAUCAAAGCAAUCCAUGCAGUGGCUCUGAAUCAGCAGCUGCGUCCUGCACAGUUCCAGUUCAAAAGGAGCAGCAGCACAACAAUAUUGACUUGAGUACAUUUAAGCCAAUGGGAUUUGAAGUGUCCUUUCUCAAAUUCUUGGAAGAAUCUGCAGAUCAAACUAAGAGGAAAGCAAAGGAAAAUCCUCCAUGUGAAAUUGCCCCAAAAAGAAAGAAAUAUUUUCCCCCAAAACUUGGAAGUCUGGAUUGUAGUGAAUCUGAUUUGCACAUCAGGACUAGCGGUUAUCAUAACCUUAUUGACUUUCGAAACCCUUUGAAUCUCCAGUGUGUAAAGAAUGUAAAGAUUGUUGUGGACAGGACCUUUUCUGAAGGGGCUGAGCUUUUGCUUAAGCAGCUUCAGGAAAUGCGACCAGCAGUUGUGCUUGAAAAAUGGUAGUACUGUUGAGGGUAAAAUAUUAGCAAAAAAUGGUUCAAUUAACAAAUAAAGCAUAGUACUCAGGAUUACUCUCUAUUUUAGUGUAAGGAAUAGUUAGGCCGCAGACCGGGGAUUUUUAAAUUGUAUGCAGAACUACACAUAACAACAAAUAUUGAAGAUAAUCGAGCUCAUGUCAGUUAUAUCCCAAAUAUGUCUUUGACAUGUCUUUUUUUGUCACAAAAAAAACUGAAAUCUGUAAUUUUAAUGGCAUAUAAAUGAUUUUAAUAUUUUGUAAGCUGACAAAACUUUUCAAGGGUUUAUGAUGCAUUUUAAUUGGCUCUUGUAUCAGAUGUGCUGUAAACCAGAACUAUGCUAAUCUGUUGUGUAGAAAAUUCAAACUGAACCGUAGAGCAUGUUUGUACCAUGAAGCUUUUCUUAUGUCACGUGAAGUUGCCUUUGCAAAAAAAAAAAUACAAUUCAUGAUACCAGUCAUGUAAACUUCAUUAUAUCCCCAUGGGACAUUUUGCUGCAAACCUUUAUGUAAAAAUUAGACCGAUUUUCUUGUUUCUUGAUAGUGUUGUGUAUAGUCUGUGAUAUUUUGGUUGACCUCUCUGUUGUUCACUGACCAUGUAAAUUGUAAGUUGUAGAUACUUUUUGUGUAUAUAUUUAUUCUUUGAAAACUGUUAGUUAAAACUAUUAAAUUCACAGUUUUAUAAUAUUCUUCUGUAUUUAGUUUGUGAACUGCGGUACUUAUAAUCUUAUAAAAUACAGAAUUUGAAAACCUUUAUUUUUUCAACAGUGCUCAUUUUAUUACUUGUAAGAUGGGAAUUGUUUUAAGCUUUCAAGUAAUGACAGUGAGUGUUGAUGUUUGCAGUAUUUAUUUUACUUUCCAGAACUUCCUUGUGCUGGAAGGUGAAAGUGAAAUGACGGAACAUUGUAGAGUGCAUUCAAUUCACUUUUUAUUUAAAACAUGAAGAGAUACACAAGGACCUUAAAAUAGACUCCCGAUGCCAUUGUGAAAUGUUGUGUUUAAAGAACUAAAAUGUAUGAUUGUCUCCUGGUACUGCCAAGCUGAGACAGUACUUAGACUUGGCUAGCAUUUCCUGUACAUGUCCUACCUCAUUAAGUGAGAGUGCCACUUGAACUUGCUUGGCAGUGCAAUACGUGAUCUAGCCACCUGAUGUCAAUACUGUUUUUUGAUGUGAUUGUCUUAAAAAACAACUGUACUUUUUUUCAAUAUAAAAAAAUAAAUGAAAUUACAGGAUAGUA